UGUGGCGGACAGACUUUCUGGCUGUGUGUGAAACCUUCCCAAGAGCGCUAAUACGCGCCAGCCCUCCUCAAUCCAACGUAGCCGCGAGCUGCACUAGCCCCGGAAGUGUGUCGUACGGGCGGCUCCGCUCCCUGAACGCCAUACUUUGCCCGGUGGAGUGGAGCAGCAGAAACGCAGACGGAGCAUCCGGUAAACCAACGGUAAAACGGCAAAGACCAGCUCAGAAAAUGGCUGAACAGGAGCCCACCCCGGAGCAGCUGGCAGCCAUCGCGGCUGAGAACGAGGAAGAGGAGAAGGUGAACUACCGGCCCCCGGCCCAGAAGUCCCUGCAGGAGAUCCAGGAGCUGGACAAGAACGACGAGAGCCUCCGGAAGUACAAGGAGGCCCUGCUCGGGGCCGCCCCGGUCGCCGCAGACCCCGCCGCCCCGAACGUGGUGGUGACGCGCCUGACCCUGCUGUGCGAGACAGCCCCGGGGCCCCUGGUCCUGGACCUGACGGGAGAUCUGGACUCUUUCAAAAAGAACCCUUUUGUGCUGAAGGAAGGAGUGGAGUAUAGGAUAAAGAUCAGCUUCAAGGUGAACAAAGAGAUCGUCUCGGGGCUGAAGUACGUCCAGCAGACCUUCAGGAAAGGAAUAAGGAUUGACAAAACCGAUUACAUGGUGGGCAGUUACGGGCCGCGGGAAACUGAGUAUGACUUCCUGACCACGCUAGAGGAGGCGCCCAAGGGCAUGCUCGCCCGGGGCACCUACACCAUCAAGUCCAAGUUCACUGACGACGACAAGCACGACCACCUCUCCUGGGAGUGGGACCUCAACAUCAAGAAAGACUGGACAGACUGAAAUGCCUUCAGAAGUAGCAUCAUUCCCACAUUUCUUUCUUAAUAGCAUUUAUUCCUCCCCUCCUCCCUGCCCUCGUCAUCCCUUCCCAUCCACUGCUUAACGUCUGGUGGCGUCAAAGGCUUCAUCUACCCGUCCAGCUUCCCCCGGUUAUUCUGCUCCACACACACACACACACUCACACACAGACACAUGCGCGCACACACACACUCACACUCACACACACACACACACACAGACACAUAUACACACGCACACACACACAGACACACAGUCACAGACAUACACACACACAAACACACAGUCACAGUCACACACACACACACACACACAGACACACAGUCACAGACAUACACACACACAAACACACAGUCACAGUCACACACACACACACACAGACACAUAUACACACACACUCACACACUAGCACACACACAUACAACCUCCCCAUCCAGUCACACUCUUUACACUACUGUACUGUACCCAUCUUUGACCCGCCCUGUAUUGUUUGUGCUGCUUGAAGGGAUAGCGCCUUCUCCAGCCCCCGAAACCCCUGCGUCCCUCCUCUCCUCCUCUCUUCCUCCCUUCCUCCCCUCCUCCACGGCGUCUUCCACAGCCCAGAAAUACGCGAGUGGAAAAAAAACAAAAAAAAAAUGUACGAUCCUUUUUUUUUUUUUUUUUUUUGCAUAUUUCUUUCAACAUAACUACUCAAGUAGGUAAAAUCAGGCAAAAUUAUUUUCACUUAUUGUCAAUAUUUUGGCAUGGCUGUUAUUAAUCAAUCUCCAUGAUUGUUAUUCUUGUUAUGAUGUUUUCCAUCAUCUCCCUGACCCCCAUCCCUAACCCCACCCACACCCCCCCCACCACCACCACCCCCACCUUUCCCUUCUCAUCUCUUCUCUAACACAUUCUCUUUUCCCCUCCCUACAUGUUUUUUUUCUUCAAACCGAAGUCUGCCUUGUGAAGUGUGCAUGUGAAUGAAACCCAGAGCUGCUGUGUGUCAGCUGCUCCUCCCCCAAUUCUCGCUCGGGCGUUCCGCUGCGGUCCUGGGCCAGGCGGACGUCGAAAUGGAAACUAAAACUAAAUUGGAGCGCGAGCUUACCCCUUCCCCCCCCCCCCCCCCCCCCGAGCGGUCGAAACGGGGCCAGACGUUGGAGAUCAGUGUGGAAGCGCAAGGGGUUGAAAGGUCUUUACGCAGCUACGCAGUUCCUUUUGGGGUUUUGGGAAAAGACUGUUGCCGGCAGCGAGGUCAGUCGGUGUGCCGGCCGAUGUCUGUGAGUUCUGUUGAAGCCUGUCGGAGGUGCCGGCUGAGGCCCACGACCGCCCCCCUUGCGAACUCGAGAGGAGCCCGUAUGUCACUUUCGGCCGAGCCAGACGAUUGGUCAGUAGCGGUUUAUUUAUCCCGAUGGUUCGUUUCCUGCAGCUUCGUGGCCUUAGCGGUGACCCCUGUUGUAAAAACAGGUGAUAAUGUAAUGUUCAUUUUUGCCUUAAAUGUGCAUGUGUGCCCCCCCCCAUCCCCCGCCCGCCUGCCCGCCCGCCCUCUCUGGUGGUAUUAAGGCCCCUCAGCCUCUGUUAUUUUGGGUAAGGAGACCUGCUUGGUACUGGAGAAUGUAUACUGACAAAAUCGCCAUCUGCUGCUGUAGACCACCACGGUGAUUCACUUGAUUACAGUCACAAAUUAGUAGUGCGUCCCAAUUGAUGGCUUUCUGCCCUGCAACAUUCCAAAAAAAAAUUCAAUCUUGUUUAUUAAGCGAAGUUUUAGUUUGCUGAUGCUCGCAGAACUGACUGAUCAGUUUGAGUAGGCGUGCUUACUCAAAUCCAAGCAGGCGUGUGUCGGAAUCCUAACCUAUCACCAGUUAGGACUUAUUAGAAUUGACGGAAAUGGCUGCUCGAGAUCAGCUGCUUCAGCCCUGCGAGUGACGGUCAUCAUAAAUGUCUGCGUCCCUCACAUUCUAACAUUUCCAGUAAAAAAAACGCAGAUGUGUGAACUGUGGGUGGAUAUUUGGCCGUCACUGAUAGUUUUCUUCUUGUUCAAUGAAGAAGAAGUUGCUCGGCUGUCCCUUGAUCACAUUACUUGGACACAUUUAGUAAAUGUAUGUAUGUAUGUAUGUAUGGGGGCAUCUGCAGUUUGGAUCCAGUUGGUCUUGCUGGGGGACCAUUCAUUUGCCAGUGCCUGAUUGGAAGAUUGGUGAACUAAAGGUGAUUGGUUCAGCUGGCCGGAGCUGCUUCACUGUUCCCCGUGGAACUGUCAGUUGGGGCCCUCCCUUCUUUACUUUCCAGUUUACUUUCCUUUUCCUGGACUGUACAUCCAGGCCAGUGCCUGCUGAGGACAGGGACCAGUCAGUCCUCCUAAGACUUGCAGCUGUGUAACCCCCCCGCCCCCCCACCCCCCGCCCGCCCGCCCGCCCCUUUUUAUACUCCCAUUCUCCAUUAUAAUAAUUCAUUAUUUCUGUUGACAGUUCAUUAUUUGUUUCUGCUUGUUCGUAUGCUUCUCUGUGACGCCUGGAGAUUGCUCUGACCGUGAUAGUUCUGGACAAGCUAUUUACCUGUGUCAACAUUAAAGUGUUCUGACUGGAAA